ACCCCAUGUUCUUUAAUUCCCACUUUCUGAAAAAUUUCAAUUAAAAGUGUUUCUUCUUUUUUCCUUUGAAUAGUCUCUUUCAAACUUUCAAUUCUCCAUUUGCUCUAAACCAAAUUUAGGCCCCACCCCUCUUUUUUCUUAAUUACUCUAAUCCCAACAAAUCCAUAUAUAAAUACAUAUCCUUUGUUGUAAAGAAUAUGACAACAUUAUUUCAUUUUGGCAUAAUGAAUGAAGAGCAAGAAUGAGAGGUUGGCAUGAGACUCGUUCUUCAUCUUCUUGUGCAGCUUGCAAAUUGUUGAAAAGAAGAUGUAUUCCCACUUGUAUUUUUGCUCCUUAUUUUAGGUCUGAUGAGCCAAAGAAAUUUGCCAAAGUUCAUAAGGUUUUUGGGGCAAGUAAUGUUAGUAAGAUUUUGACUGAAGUUCCUGAAGAACAGAGAGAAGAUACUGUUAAUUCUUUGGCUUAUGAAGCUGAAGCCAGGCUUAGAGAUCCUGUUUACGGCUGCAUUGGUGCUAUAGCUUUGUUGCAGACUAAAAUGGUGGAGCUUCAACAUGAUCUUGCUCUUGCUAAAGCCCGUCUCGCUCGUUACGCUCAUAAUAAUACUUCCUCUUCUUCUUCUUCUUCUUCUUGUGCAGAAAAUUGUGUUGUUAAUAUGUCUUAUGGUGGAUUGAGUUUCUCUGCUGAGCAGAGUUCUUCUGAUGAUAUCACCCAAUAUGGUUAUUUAUGUGAUUUCACCCAUUUUCCUUAUCCAUUUAAAGCUUGAAACUCUGUGAUCUCUCUUUCUCUCUGUCUCUAUCAUCAAGGUUUCUUGAAAGAUUUUUCUUUUCUGUUUAUGUAUAAUCAAUCAUCUGUUUAUUCCCGACUCAA